CCAUCGCCCCGGAUACCGCAGCCCAAGCUCUCCCAAUCACAGAAGCGAAAACAUAGGAGGAAACUAAGGAAUCAGCAUCGAAAUAGCCACACAUAUAGGGUAAACAGGGAAACAGAGAGGCAAGAAUGGUUGGAAUUUUUGCUGAUCAAAAAUAAAAAGAAGGAAUCUUUAUGUCUGGCUUUGUCCUCAUCUUCUCUCCUCCUCAACAAUUUGGUUCAUUGAGAUAUCGAUUUGGACAACGUUCUCUCAUAUUGCACCGAUUUCCUUUGCUUCCUAUUCCAUAGGGUUUCUCUUCGUUUCCAGAUUUUGAAUCGUAAACCCCUUCCGGAUCAUCUCCUGUGCUUUCGCUGUUGAUGAAUCUUAUCCUCGUCGGGUCUGUUUCGGAUGCGAGGAAACCUUGCGAUUUUCUUGGUCAUCACAAGCUUCCCGUGUUCCCACCUUUCCACAGGGGACUUUUCCGUUUCUGUCUCUCCCGAGAUCGAUGGGAUAAGGAGUUUGCGAAAUUACAAGCCGGUUGAUUAGGUUCUGCCGGCUCUCUUUCCUUUGCUGUUGUUUGUUUUCGGCAGGGUUUUUUUCUCGUUUGUUGGAUAUGGGACCUUCACAGGGGUCGACGCUGACGCCGACGACGUCGGCGACGGCGGCGGCGGCGGAUGUCGACAUCCGAUUGUUAGAUGUGCUGCCGGUUUACGUCAAGGAGCUUAUUGCCGGAGGCGCCGCUGGAGCGUUCUCGAAAACGGCCGUGGCUCCUCUUGAGCGGAUUAAGAUUCUCUUGCAGACGAGAACCGAGGAGUUCAAAUCUCUUGGGAUUUUGCGAUCUAUGAAGAAACUGAAGCAGCAUGAGGGUGUAUUCGGGUUCUACAAAGGAAAUGGAGCGAGUGUGCUACGAAUAGUGCCUUAUGCGGCAUUACACUUCAUGACUUACGAACAGUACCGGUGUUUAAUUCUAAAUAAUUUCUCAUCAUUGGGCACUGGACCUUUCAUUGAUCUUUUGGCUGGCUCAGCGGCCGGAGGGACUGCUGUGUUAUGUACUUAUCCAUUGGAUUUGACUCGGACUAAACUGGCUUAUCAGGUGGCAAACAAUGGACAAUUUGGCCACGGUUUGAGGCGUCUGCCUCCCCUGCCAUAUUAUACUGGAAUAAAAGAUGUCUUCUGGAGCGUCUACAAGGAAGGUGGAUUGCGGUCCCUAUACCGUGGUGUUGGUCCAACCCUUACUGGCAUCUUGCCCUAUGCUGGACUAAAAUUUUACAUAUAUGAAGAACUCAAGUCCCGCGUUCCUGAAGAUUAUAAGAACUCAGUUGCUUUGCGCCUCUGUUGUGGUGCUUUAGCAGGCUUAUUUGGACAAACUCUUACAUAUCCAUUAGAUGUUGUCAGGAGACAGAUGCAGGUUCAGAGUCAACAACAAUUGAAUCAAAUUAGUGCUCCUCGCAUCACAAGCACAAUGCAAGGGAUCUCCACAAUCAUUCAUGAACAAGGGUGGAGACAAUUAUUUGCUGGUCUAAGUAUUAACUACUUGAAGGUGAUUCCUUCAGUGGCCAUCGGUUUUACUGCAUACGACAUGAUGAAGUCAAUUCUAGGAGUGCCCCCACGAGAGAACACCGGCGGUGCUUCUACUUCUGCUUCUUCUGCCUGAAAUACUAUUUUUCCCAUAUCGCUGUUAACUAAUUUUCUCGAGGAAGCAAAUUUUCCAUCAGUCAUGCUAUAAAAUAUUUGAUUUUAGCUGAAGCAGUAUGGGAUACUAAUCUAAGACUUGAUUAAUUAAACCUCAUAUUUUAGAUGCUAUUGAGAAGUCUAUGGAAAUCUUACAGUUUAUAUAUAUAUAUAUAUAUUCUUGAAGAGAA